AUGCUUGUGGCAAUUCAGCUCAAAAAAGGGUAUUAUAUCCGGCAUGUAAAAGAAGGUUUAUGGAGCAUCUUUGGUGUUAAUCGAAUAAAACCUGACCCAGAUGAUCUGAAUUUUGAGACAUUUUUCUCUUUAAUUAUAAAGUAUGUUUUUGUUUCUGAUGAUGAACAUACUCAAGCCAAUGCGGUUUGGACUCAAGCCAUAUUAGAAACUAUAUUCGAUAAAGAUUAUGUUUCUCCUAAGAUCGAUAUUGAUUAUGUUGAUAUGUGGAUUCAAAAGCUAACGAAUAAUGAGAAUAUAUAUAAACUUUCUCCUGCAAUGUCAAAAGCAAAAUCUUUAAAUGUGAUUCAAGAAAAUUACAAUGAAUUAUCUUUAAAUAGUGCUAACAAUAAUGAAAACAAUCAUAAUAGUGAUAGCAAUUAUGAAGAAUAA